GCACAAAAGAAGAUUAAAUAACUUGCUCAUCCCCAGGAAUUGAAUUAUUAUAAAUUGGGUUUUUAUCAUUUAGCCUUCACUUCAGUCUAUCUAGUAUCUCUGCACCAUUCUCAAACUACAAAGAAACUUUCAUUUCUCUUGGCUUUUCCAUCUUUCCAUCUUUCUACCUUUCGACCAUCCAGCAUCCCAAUUCUUCCCAAAAGUUAACAAAGAGAACUUCCAUACAAUGGCGCGCCUUGCAGCUCUCCUCGGUCUUGCUACCGUCAUCUCCCAAUGCUCUGCACAUUUCCUCUUGAACCAUCCCGUAACCUGUAAGCUCCAUGAAUUCAGAUACGGGCGUGAGAAGGAAAAGAAGAAGAAAGCUAAUGUUCCUCCAGAUGGCUUCAACGACGAUGCAGAAGGAACAGCUCCUUGCGGUGGAUUUUCCGUUGCUUUUGAUCACAAUGUCACAGAUUUCCACGUAGAUGGAGAUUCAAUUUCAAUGUUGGUUACGUCCUAAAAAUGUGUCUAUGCUUGGUACCAAGAUCAUGCUAAUAUAUUUGCAAACAGGACCACCACUCACCCAUCCACAACAUGGUUGCUCCGAGCAAUGGUGGGAAAUAACACCGCCGCCGCAAACUGGACCAACCUCAUUCCCACUGUCCAACAAUCCGGUCUCGGCGAUUUCUGCCAACCAACUGUGACCGUUCCGUCCGCAUUUGCUGGAAACAAGGGUGUCGUAAAUGUUGUCGCAGAUGGCCCAGAUGGUAUGCAACUCCUCUUAGCCAAGCCAUGAAUACUAUAUUUCUUUCCGUAAACUUACUCAUAUCUCUUUCCCUAGGACUUCUCUACCAAUGCGCCGCCGUAUCAUUCGUUCAGGGAGCUGCAACCGACGUUCCUUCCACGUGCAAGAACGGUACCGGUGUAUCGGCAAGCUAUGCUGCCGACGCGGCCCUCUCCAGCCUCCCGGCCUCCGCGACUGCGACUGCGACCGCAUCCUCCUCGAGUGGAACAGCUGCUGCAUCAAGUUCCAGCGCGGCUGGUGCUUUGACCGUCGGACCUAUGCAAUAUGGUACUAUCGGAUCCUUGGUGUGGGUUGGAAGUGUCAGCGUUGCAAGUUUUGUUGCAUUCUUAUUAUAAACCAUGGAUCAGAUGUAUUAUGGGUAAUGAAGGAACAAAUGCUAGGAGAUGUUACGUACAUAGGACCAUACUCCGAAAUAAUGAGAUCAAAUAAAACUAAUUGAUAAUCACUGGCAUAA